AUGUCAUGGAGUUAUUAUGAUAAUUACCCUGAGAGGUCAACUAUCGGGAAUACGGAACCCACUGGAAAUCAAACAAAAGACAGUAAUAUCAGAAAUGAGAGAAGUAGUUGGGGUGGUGGUGGUGGUGUUGGCAGUAACAGCGUGGAUGGUCUUCAGAAGUUUCUAAAUCGUGGUAUUUAUUUACGUCCGAAUGUUUUUAUGAUUAAUGGAACCGCAACAGAUUUGAUGGGAUCAUUAUAUAUGAUGAAUACCACCGUUCCCAGUAAUAUCGCAUUUUCUUCCUUUUCCUCUUCAUCAUCAUCAUCUCCAGGGACAAACACCACAACUAUGAUGGUAACACCGCCAUCCUUUUUACGGGGAUACAAACGAUCCGAUACCCCAACAUGUUGGGUUUCAUUUAAUUAUGAAUUGAGAUUAGGAAGUAGUGAAUAUUUUAGUCUAGGUGAAGAAGCACGUGCAGCAUUACUAUCAGAAGAGUUUACGGAAGAUGAAUUGGUACAUGAUUCUCUAUUAACAAGACAAGGGAAUACCGCAGAUGUAUUACAAUAUCAAGCUAUUGCAAUGCAGUUAUCUAUCAGUUUACGUGAAAAUCGCCUAUCCACACUUUUUAGAGAAGAAUGGUGUAGAAUUAAGGAUAGACCAGAAGAAUCACGACAUAUCUCAACCUUUUUAGGUAGUGUUGGAGAUUAUUUGGGGUUUGGUUCUGUUUUAAUGAGUGGUGUAGAGGUGGCAUUGCGAGCUAUGCAACCUGGUAAAACAUCUGAAUUUCUUAUUAUAGACUCAAACCUAGAGUUUGAGAAUGCAGAUAAUAUAAAUGAAUUACGUCCUACUACUAGAUCUUCCGUAUUACAAUGUGUUUAUAUUAAAAUUGAACUAUUGCAUCGUAUACCGCAUGAAUAUAUUCUUCCAGUUAUUUUUCAGAAGUAUAUUGUACAACUUCCUUCUUCUACCACAACAGAGGAUACAGAGACAACAACUACAACUAACAUUACUACUACUACUACUACUACUAACAGUAUGAUACGAGAUCGUGCAGGUGCACAUGCACGUCUUUUUCGUUUUUUCCCCUCAACACUCUUCAGUAAAUCCACAAAUCCUAAUCUUCCACAGUCCUUGACAUCUGUACAUGCGCUCCGUGCCUUUUUUAUGGCUAUUCUAUCAGUAGCAGCUAACUGUUGUGUGGGAAACUCAUCAUCCUCGUUAACACCAUUACGAGAUGGGCGUCCAAGUGGAAAACUAGCACGUUUAUGUGAUUCAUUAGGGCAUCCUUUCAAAGGCAUUUACAGUGAUGCGGGAAAUGUCCGAAAUACCAGCAAUGAUAAUCAUACCAGCAGUACUGGUAGUGUUAAUGGUCCAUUAACGGAGGCAGAUGCUAAAAUGUUUGUGUAUUUAAAUUUUCUUAAAUCACCAAGUGAUGGUGCGACAGUAAAUUGCAAAAUUAUACGAAAUGGGGAACUGAUGGGAAAUCCAUUACCCCCUUUAGAGUUGAAGGAUGUAUUAUUGGGAAGUAUGGCUAUGCCAUUAUGGUUGGAUAUGUUACUACAAACUAUGCGGAAUGGGGAAGAGGAUGUGAUGAAUUUAAGUAUGAAGGGUGAAAGUGAUGCGGAGUUUCAUUCUUCAUUUGUGGAGGAAAUACGGAAUACGGUUAUUCAACAUGUUAAUUACAUAAAAUCAGGGAAAACAUCUUCUUCAGUAAGACAUGAUGAUGAAGAUGAAGAUGAUAGUCAUCAUCAAUAUCAUCAUUAUCAUCAUCAAGGAGAACCAAAACAGCAUCAACAACAAUCACGAAUGACGUCUUCUGACAUGUUAGCUCAGGAAAAUUUUAUUUUUCCGGAUAAUGUAAAUGUAUCCAUUUCUGAUCGAUCUAAACAUGAAGGAGAACAUAACCCAUUAUUUACAUAUAACUUUAGCUGUCACGUUGUACUUGAAGACUUUAAAAAUGCUUACGAUUUAAAUGCCUUUUUCUUUGUUAAUCCAGAAUCUUCCUUACGUGUGGUACAAAAAUUGGAAAAUGAAGUCCUUGCUCUCUCUCGUGCAGAAGAUAUUAUGUAUAAAAAUGGUAAUUGUUGUAGAGACUUUAUUCCUGAAAAUGAGGAUAUCCUCCCAUGUGUAACCGCAAAGAUGAUCCAUAUUCAACCCGCUGCAUUAGGCCACAAUACCCACUGUUUUGUCGAGCGUAGUGUUGUGAAGGCUAUUCAUAAAAUGAACUUUGCUAUUCUUUUAUUAACAUUUUACGUUCAUGAGGAGAAUAUGUUGGCACAACGAAUCUUGACAACGACGUUAUCGCAACAACGUCGUGUGGCACUUGCCCGUGCAUUUUAUUUUCUUGGCAAUAUCUAUCUCCAACUACAGCAUGAGGGUGUUUACAGUCUGGCGGUAGAAGCAUACUCCGCGGCUAUUGAAAUUCUUCCAGAUGAUGAGCAGUUACGAUUGCGCCGUGGGGAUUUACUGCGGGAGUUUCACCGGGAUGCGGCUGUACAUGACUUUGAGGUGGCCAGAAGUAUUCUGCAGAUGAAACUACAACGAUACAACACACAACAAACUACUUCUUCUUCCUCUAAUUCUUCUUCUGGUGCUGCUGGUGUUGUUGUGAGUGGAGGAGAGAGCGGUGGGGUUCAUCGUGAUGAUAGGGAGAGGGAACAUUUGUGGAGAUUACUGCAGGGUGUGGAGCAUAGUAUAAAUGUGUUGCGGGGAUCAGGGGGACCUCCAAAUGUCCAUUGA